AUGCUGAAAGGACUUGGUUCUCGGCUUAUUUCCGGGCGAUUGUGCCAUUCCUCACCGAAUGUUGUUAGUUUCGAUAAGAAAUAAUAGCUUUUUUAUUAUACUUCACUCGAAAGAACUUUUUUUGUUUCAGCGAACUUCAUUCGUCAACCCCAAAAGCUCUUCCACCUUGUCUUUGUCUGCGAUUCCAACAGUGGAAGAGAUGACGAGCAAACUGAUCGAACAUUUGAAGUAAAGAACAAAAAAAAAGUCUUGUUAGAGGUUUUCAAAGGUGCAGAAAUCUUGCAUGAUCUAAAGUUAGAUCACUUCGAGGUCAAAAUUCACUUCGAAAAUCACUUCGAGGUCAAAAUCGAGCAUCACUUAUCAAAAAGUAACGUGUUUUGAACUAUCCGAUGCCAUUUCUAAUCGAAAAAUGCUGAAAGGACUUGGUUCUCGGCUUAUUGACUCAGAAGUCUUCUCCCUUGAAAACUCUUGCGAUCAGGGAAAAAAAUUAGUGGAUAGAAGAUCUAACAACUUAAAUUUUCUAGAAUGUCGAAAAUCGAAAAUUUUAACGAACAUCAACUGCAAUCGAAAAAACUUGCAUCGCGGAGGAUGACAGACAGUUAUCGACAGGUCUCACAGUGAAAAAAUAGGUUCAAAAGUUUCAUUUUUUUCAGUUUCGAGUACCGUUGAGUACGGAUAGCAACAGAGGGAAACUCUACCUCAGCGCCAGUAAUAACAUUCGAAUGGGCAAGCUUCUAGAGGUGAUUCUUGAAACUAUGCAUAGAUUUCUUUUUUAUUUUACCUCACCUAUUUUGUGAAAAACGCUAAUUUAAGCAAAAUCAUCGAGAAUAUACUCUCAAUGACAACCAACUUCAAUAACUUGCAAUUUUUUAUAGUUUUGGUAAAGUUUAUUCGGAAGUAUAAAAAUAAUAACAAGAAACUUACUUUUUUAAAACAUUUUUCCAUGAUUGCUUUUGACUUCGGGUUGCCCGCUAAAAGCCGCAUCGCGUACGCAAUCUUAAUUUUUUUACAUCUCAUUUUUUUCAAAUCGAGAUAAAUUGACUACAUGAUUGAAUACCCUAUUAUAGUCUUUUUGAAUAAUCCUUGAUGAAGAUUUUAAAGUCAAAAGAGUUCUCAAUGAAUAAAAAAACACUCAAAAUGGCUCCUCGCAGGACUUUAUAGACAUCGUUUGAGGGUUUUUUUUUACAAAUUGUUUUUUCUUUUUUAAAUACCUUAGCAAAAGUUUUUUCUUUGUUUCAGGCUUCUACAAUUUUUCAGACAAUUUUUUAAGCUUGAACAUCCUUCUAUAUUUUAAAUGAACUAAGAUCUGCCUCGUGAGCUCCUCGUACAAUAUCUUUGAUGCUGUGAAAAGUUUCUUUGAGUGAGAGAUUUGAGAGAAUUUUUUCAGGACCUUGAUCACCUUGCUGUGUUUGUUUCAUACGCACACAAUGCUGAAGACGCGAAUAUCGAAGCGCCUGGAACUUUGCCACGAACAAUCGUCACCGCGUCUGUUCCUCGCAUCGACUUCCAUCGGUUAGUUUUGGCAGAAAACGCUUUUUUUCUGAUUUUUUUAAUACGUCCAUCGCCAUACUACCCCCAGAGCCUCCCCUCAAAGGACUCAUUCCAAACGAGUCUACUCCGGGUAGAUGGCGUUCGAUCCCAAAUAAUUUGGUACAACGUCAUUAAUUAAACAGGAAUCUUUUAUUAUGAAAGUUACGCAUAUACAAAAAUUCAAUAGAAAUAGCAUAUUCAUUUUACACGAAAUAAUCCAAUAAAAAAAGGAAAAAAAUAAUCCUGACCAGGGAAUGGUCUCAGCUCACAGUGGGACUUCUGAAUGAGACCAAUUUUAUUAGAUGUAGUUUUUCACGCUGAUUCCAAAUCUGCUUUCAAAAGUUGCCCAAUACGUCUGUGAAAAAAGUUAUGGACCCUCAAAAGUCGAAAAUUUCAGUGUCUCCAAUUGAGCUGAUUUUUGGAGGGUAUAUAGAUCUCGUCACUCUGGUUACGGAAAACCACUGAACUUUUCUCAAAAAAAUUCCGCAGCCCAGAUAUGAUCUUUCAAAGCCCCGCCGAACAUAAGAGAAUGCGCGCGCGGUGUCCUAUUGCGAUCUGACGGCUGUCGAAGCAACGGCAGCGAGGAGCAGUGGAAAGGCGGCGGACUUGAUGUUCCAUCUUUGCUGAUGUUCUCAGCGUGGACCACAGACUUUGUAGAGAGUAAAAUGUCAGAAAAAAAUAUAACUUUUUAAGGCUUUAAUUUUUUUGAGCAUUUUUCCUUCUUUUUGAUUUCGGGACUAAACUUUUUGUCCGACAAAAGGCAAUCAUCGCGUAUAAAUCACUGCAACCUAAAAAGAUCUUUUUUUGGAAGUGGAAAAUUUUUGGAAAAAAUUUUUUUCUGUGAGUUUUGACAGCGUAGUCAUAAUUACUUGGACCAGUCAACUUUUGAAACAAAAAAAUAAAAAAAUUUUUUUCGAAAAAUUUUUCAUACUCCAACCCAUGCUCAUACACAUGGAGAAUCACGAAUAAUUUCAUGAAUAAAAUUUUUUUGACAAAAAGAAGUCCAGGUGUUUUUAAAGGCUCAAAAAGAAGUUUUCUCAUGUUUCUACGCUUCAAAACUCAAGAAAGAGGCAGUUAGACGAAAUUUUCCAAAAAAGAAAAAAUUGCAAAAAAAUUUUGCAGAUGACGGGGACCGAACCUAUGACCUCGUGCUCUCCAGUCCGCCGCCUUUCCACUGCUCCUCGCUGCCGUUGCUUCGACAGCCGUCAGAUCGCAAUAGGACACCACGCGCGCAUUCUCUUAUGUUCGGCGGGGCUUUGAAAGAUCAUAUCUGGGCUGCGGAAUUUUUUUGAGAGAAUUUCAGCGGUUUUCCGUAACCAGAGUGACGAGAUCUAUAUACCCUCCAAAAAUCAGCUCAAUUGGAGACACUGAAAUUUUCGACUUUUGAGGGUCCAUAACUUUUUUCACAGACGUAUUGGGCAACUUUUGAAAGCAGAUUUGGAAUUAGCGUGAAAAACUACAUCUAAUAAAAUUGGUCUCAUUCAAAAGUCCCACUGUGAGCUGAGACCAUUCCCUGGUGAGAAAUACGCGUUUGAGCGAAGAGAAAACCGUGGAAUUUCAUGACCCGUAAUUUAAAGAAAUUCAAGAAAGUUCACGGGUCUAGUCCUGCAAAAACUUUUUCUCCGUUUUAAUUUUUUUUUUGUUCCCAAUCAGGUUUUUCUACUUUCCGUUACAUUUAAGAGAGAAUCUCCAUCCUGGACGCGACAUCAUCAUGGACGGUCAAGUGAGCCUUUUUCUAUUUUUACUAGUUUAUUUUCAAGCUCUCAGGUAACCUGGGCGGGAACAAGCAGUUUAGAAGUUUUGAUGCGAGUUUUCCAGCAUGAUGACUCAAACAAUUUGAACCAAAUUUUGAAAGCCCGCUUUUUCAUGGCAAGUACACUUUUUAUAGUUUUCCUGAAAAAAAACAGGUUGCACGGAAUCCUUCCGACAACAACAAAAAGAUGAGGGUCCAUUCAUUAGCCGCCAGCUGUCCAGAUGAAGCCGCGUUGAUCAACGAUGCCCUCGAGGCGAUGAAGACGCGCAACCGAUCAGUUUUCCCCGAUUUCCCCGUUCAUCCAUGCUUUUCCAUUCAGAAAGGCAAGGUGAGCCCGACAAACAGUGAGCUGCGGAUGAUUCACGACAUUUACGAAGAGUUCUUGCGACGUAAUCCGAACACUUGGCUGCCUGUGCUCACGGCAAGUCUCCAUCGGAUCCCAUUCUUUUCAAAAAAUGUUCAGAAGAAAGAAAUGUGGCUCCAUCAGACGCAGCUAUCCAUGACCGACCUCUGCUUUCCCGAAAGCCAGAACAUGUUCUUUUCGUUCCUACAUAUAUCGAAAUUUGAUACUUUAAUAGGUACGGAAAAAUCUUCGGAGGUUUUCUGAUGCGGAAAGCACUUGAACUUGCACAUACAAAUGCGAAACUCUUCUGCAAGGUUAGUUUAGCACAGCUUCGUCUUGUUCAAAAUGUUUUUCAGACUUUUCUAAAGACAUAUAAAAGGAGAAAACAACUUAAACUUAUGUUGAGAACGGCCAGUAGCCUCGGCCCUUUUUUUAAUUUAUUGAUUUUCCUCCAAACUCGUUCUGGGUUUCAAACGCUCCUUCAAAAGGAUUUUUGAAUAUACUUGAUGAUUCUGAAAAAGCGCUUUCGAGAAAUUUAUUUUAGUAGGGAAAAAAAUUGUAUGAGCUUUUUCAACAAGUCAGUUAAGUGAUGAAAUAAGAAAAAGUUGAGAAAGAAGGUUCUCCUAGGGACAUGUCGUGAUCCGAGCGAUGGACGACAUUGUCUUCGUGAAACCCGUCGAGAUCGGCAACGUACUUCACUUAGACUCGUACAUCACCUACACGGAGAAUGAAUAUGUCCAGGUACAGCCCGUUCAUUCCGAAUUGAAAUGAUAAAACAUGUCGGCGUCUCUUUUCCCUCACCGGCAAAGUCUUAAAAGCACGGAAAUAGCCGUGUAAACAAGAAAGCGGUGCCUAUUCAGUGAAAAAAAAGGUUGGGAGAAGGGCCUGAAACUUACUAUUAAUCAGUUAGCUCCGACGUUUUCAGGUGUGAUAAGGUUUUAUAAGAAGAUUCAGAUAAAGAAGAACAUAUUUCAGUAUAAAAAGAACUAAUUAAAGUUAUUUCGUUUCAGGAAAAUCGCGGAAUAUAGUUUUUUCCACUUUAUUGUAUAAGCAGAAGAAUUAGACUUUUUGAAGCUGUGAAGAACGGGCUCUGGAAAAGCUGAGAGAAUCUGAAUCUUAUAUGUUACAUGUUAUAUCUAACUAGGGAACAUUUUUUACCGCCCAGUUGAACUUUGCUGAAACUUUGCUCAAGUGAACGUUAGGACCUCCUGACAGCAGAACAAAAAUAAUGUGUCGCAAUAGAUUUUUUAUCGAGUUUUUGAGCUUCAAAGUACGCAAAUUAUGACAAAAAGCGCUAUUUCGGACUUUUGAAGCGUCCUGACUCGAAAACAAGAUCUAUUGCGAGAAAUUUUUCUCUUGUUCUGAAAUCUGAAGGUCCAAAAGUGUCCUUCAGGGAACUUUCAUCGGAAGUUCAACCGGGGGCAAAAAACGUUCCCUAAUAAAUCAAAUCGAUUUUCAGGUUAUUGUGAGAGCUUCAGUGACCAAUAUUAUAAAAUCUGCAGAGACUAAAAUAAAUCCCUGCGAAGUGAGUUUCUUUCUCAUUUCCAUUCUGUUAAUUUUUCAAUGAUCACGAUGACUUCCAGUCCCGUACAACGACCAACGUCUUUCAUUUUACUAUCGAGAGCUGUGACAGUUCCGAGGUUUCAAGUCUUUAUUUAUUAAUCGAAAAUAAUCAAGGAAACCUAAUUUAUCAAUUAAAUUAAUCAUGAUUCUUCCUAUCGAAACGAACAAAGAACUUAAAGCUUUAAUUUUGCAGCUCCCGAUAAUACUACCUAAACACUACGCUCACACAAGCAUGUACAUCGAAGGACGGCGACAUUUGCACAAUUCUGUUCGACGUAUGCUCAGCCAACGGAAGCCUCCUAGCGAAUCUCAAUGA